UCAUGGCGUGUCUGAAUAACUUAAUAGCAGUGAUACUCGCUCUCGGCCUGCAGAGUGCCCUUGGGAGAGCAGGAGUCGUGGAUCCGGAUCUCCUUGAGCGGGCUUCCACCUCGACGGAUACCACUCGCGACUGGUGGCAGGUGGCGCAGUUCUACCAGAUUUAUCCACGCUCCUUUAAGGACUCCAAUGGCGAUGGCAUCGGCGAUCUGCAGGGCAUCAUUUCAAAGCUGGAUUACCUGAAGGAGAUUGGAGUGACGGCCACUUGGUUGUCGCCCAUCUACACCUCGCCCAUGGCGGACUUUGGCUAUGACAUCUCCGACUUCUUUGACAUCCAAGCCGAGUACGGAACACUCUCCGACUUUGACGAGCUGAUCGCGGAGGCCAACAAGCGUAACAUCAAGAUUAUCCUGGACUUUGUGCCCAACCACUCGAGCGACGAGAAUGUCUGGUUCACCAAGUCCGUGAAUCGGGAGAAAGGCUACGAGGACUACUACAUGUGGCACGACGGCUACCUGAAUGCCUCCACUGGAGUGAGGGAACCUCCUUCGAACUGGCUGCAGGCCUUCCGUGGCAGUGCCUGGGAGUGGAACGACGUGAGGCAGCAGUACUACCUCCACCAGUUCGCAGUCAAGCAGCCCGAUCUGAACUAUCGCAAUCCCGCCGUUGUUGCUCAAAUGAAGCGAGUACUUACUUACUGGCUGGACCGCGGAGUGGCCGGUUUCCGGAUGGACGCCGUGCCUUGGUGCUUCGAGGUUCUGCCCGACGCUGAUGGCCGCUAUCCGGAUGAGCCGCUGAGCGGGUACACAGAUGAUCCCGAUGACUCCUCCUACCUGAAGCACAUUUACACUCAGGAUCUGCGGGAGACCGUGGAAAUGGUUUACCAGUGGAGGACCCUGCUGGAUGACUACCAAAGGAUUCAUGGCGGCGACACCCGAGUCAUCAUGGUGGAGACCUACUCUGGUCUGGACUAUGUGAUGCAGUUCUAUGGCAACCGCACCACCAAGGGCGCCCAGAUCCCCUUCAACUUCCAGUUCAUUGUGGGCGGUAAUGGGGACAAGAACAACACUCAACUGAACGCCGUGGGGUUCGUGAAGAUUAUUAACAGCUGGCUGACCCAGAUGCCCGCCGGCCAGACAGCCAACUGGGUGAUGGGCAAUCAUGACCAGCGCCGAGUGGGCAGUCGCUAUGGCGAGAACCGCAUCGACCUGAUGAACAUGCUGCAGAUGUUCCUGCCCGGCGUGAGCGUCACCUACCAGGGCGAGGAGCUCGGCAUGACCGAUCUGGACAUCAGCUGGGAGGACACUCGUGAUCCGGCGGCCUGCAACUCCAAUGCGAAUAUCUAUGAGCAGUUUACUCGCGAUCCUGCGAGGACUCCCUUCCAGUGGAGCGACGAGGCCAACGCCGGCUUCUCGACCAACGCCACCACCUGGCUGCCCAUCAAUCCGAACUAUGUGACGGUGAAUGUGAAGACCGAGAAUGCCACGAGUCCCAGUCACCUGAGCCUGUACAAGCAGCUGGUGGAGCUGCGCAAGCAGAAGACCCUGCAGCUGGGCGCCACUCGAUAUGCCAAUGUGGGUGAAAAUGUGGUGGCCAUCAAGAGAUCGCUGACCGGGAAUAGCACCUAUGUGCUGGUGGCCAACGUGCUGGACACAGCUGUCUCGGGAGUGGAUGUAGAAAGUGCCCUGUUUGCCACUGGCAACUACACGAUCAAGCUGCUGAAUCCGCUGGCCAAGGCCACCGUUGGGGAUUCCGUCACCCUGAGCAACCUGUCCUUGGAGCCUUAUGCGGCCUUGAUUUUGGAGUCUGUCUAGAGUUUACAUAAUCAUAAGUUCGACAAGAAUAAUAUGCGUAACAUACAUAAAGUACAUCGAUGGGAUAUGGCCUGUUAUGGGGCGAACGACA